AAAAUCAGUCGAUUACUCCAACUACUGACUCACUACCAACCAAGUUCUUGCGCGAAUUACAUUUUCUGAUAUCAAUUUUGCAAAAACCCAUCAAAUCUAACGCAGAAGGUUUUUGGCUGAAAUGACGACCAUUUCAACUGCCGCAGUUGCUUCAAAACUAAACCAUACACCUACUACGAGAUUUACCACUGUGUUCUCUUCAUCCAGCUCACUGUUCUUUGGUGAUCAUAUCUCUAACCAGGCCGGUCUUCGCCUGGUUUUGGAUCGGCCCAGAAGAGCCCGUACGAGUGGGAAAAGAGGGCUAUCGUGUAACUGUCUUUUUGGGCUCGGAGUGCCGGAGCUGGUGGUAAUUGCCGGCGUCGUUGCGCUGGUUUUCGGGCCCAAGAAGUUGCCAGAAGUUGGCCGGAGUAUUGGCAAGACUGUUAAGAGCUUCCAACAGGCUGCAAAAGAAUUAGAGUCGGAACUGAAGAAGGAUACUGAAUCUUCGGAGGAGCUUCCUGCUGAGAAGAUUACUACAGUCAGUGAAGAGGAGAAACAAGAGGCUAAAGUCCCGAGCACAAAGGAGAGCUCUCAAGUUUGAGACAUGCUAAUGUAAUCAGAACUUGUUAUAGCUGCAACUUUUUUCGCGUGUUCGAGUCCUCCAUUUUGAUACUGUGUCCAAAUUAUUGUUAUUGAUGUUCUUGGUUCAGUUCCAUCAGAAAAUGGAUUAGAAAGUUUGCUCGCUUUUUGAUAUAUUUUUGGAUAUUUUGUCAUUGGUGGAUCUUUGAUAAACGUAGGCAUAAUGAAUCAUUGAACGCAAAAGUUAUCACGAAGUUGAUGAA